CCGCCUCUGUCUCCCUCUCUCCAAGAACUGCCCAGGAGUGAGCUGCUGCUCUCGGUCCACCAGGCCUGAUACAGACACUUGGACAGCCUGACAUCUUAGCCUACCAACUAGGCAGCCUGCACCUGGCUGCUUCCACGCCCCAGGGACAACCACCAUGCGACCCCUGUGGCUCCUCGUGUCUCUGCUGGCCCUGAGCCAGGCUCUGCCCUUUGAGCAAAAGGGCUUCUGGGACUUCACCCUGGAUGAUGGGCUGCUCAUGAUGAAUGAUGAGGAGGCUUCAGGUGCCGACACGACCUCGGGUGUCCCUGAUCUGGACGCCGUCACACCCACCUUCAGCGCCAUGUGUCCUUUUGGCUGCCACUGUCACCUGCGGGUUGUUCAGUGUUCUGACUUGGGGCUGAAGACUGUACCCAGGGAAAUCUCACCUGACACCACGCUGUUGGACCUGCAGAACAAUGACAUCUCAGAGCUCCGCAAAGAUGAUUUCAAAGGCCUCCAGCACCUCUAUGCCCUUGUCCUGGUGAACAACAAGAUCUCCAAGAUCCACGAGAAGGCCUUCAGUCCCCUUCGGAAGCUGCAGAAACUCUACAUCUCCAAGAACCACCUGGUGGAGAUCCCUCCCAAUCUGCCCAGCUCCCUGGUGGAGCUGCGCAUACAUGACAACCGCAUCCGCAAAGUGCCCAAGGGGGUGUUCAGUGGGCUCCGGAACAUGAACUGCAUUGAAAUGGGUGGGAAUCCCCUGGAGAACAGUGGUUUUGAACCUGGAGCCUUUGAUGGUCUGAAGCUCAACUACCUGCGCAUCUCCGAGGCCAAGCUCACUGGCAUCCCCAAAGAUCUCCCAGAGACACUGAAUGAACUCCAUCUGGACCACAACAAAAUUCAGGCUAUUGAGCUAGAAGACCUGCUCCGCUACUCCAAGUUGUACAGACUGGGCUUGGGCCACAACCAGAUCCGGAUGAUAGAGAAUGGGAGCCUAAGUUUCCUGCCCACCCUGAGGGAGCUGCACCUAGACAAUAACAAGCUAUCCAGGGUGCCUUCUGGGCUCCCAGACCUCAAACUCCUCCAGGUGGUCUAUCUGCACUCCAACAAUAUCACCAAGGUGGGCGUCAAUGACUUCUGCCCUGUAGGCUUUGGAGUCAAGCGGGCCUACUACAACGGCAUCAGCCUCUUCAACAACCCCGUGCCCUACUGGGAGGUGCAGCCAGCCACCUUCCGCUGUGUCACUGACCGCCUAGCCAUCCAGUUUGGCAACUAUAAGAAGUAGAGGCAGUGGUGGCCACUAUGGUGGCCCCAAUGGAGGGGGGGGGGGUCUCUGAGGAACACAGAUGUCCCAGAGAGAAAGGCAAAGCAAGGAAGAAAAGCCCUCUCCUUUGGUUCCUGACCCCAACUAGCUGCCCCACCACAGCCUCUUCCUGGCUCCCAAGCAUGCAGGUGGACACAAGACCUGGCCCCCAUCACCUGCUCCCCUCAGCUUCAGAGAUGCAUCACCCACCCACUGGGGUCACUCAGAGAGGCACCCCAUGAAGCUUUCUUCCUGUUCAUCCUCAGACAUCCUCAGCCUUAGGGAAAGAUGGUCCAUGGGUCUGCAGGGCAGAAGGAGUUAGUGGGGUUGGAGACAGUAGACUCCACCAUGGCCAUCUUCACCUGGACACAUGGUCCUUCUGUCAUUCUCCUGGGCCUUCCUUGCUGCCCUUGGCUGCUUUGCCUUCAAGUUCACCAUCUGUCCAUCCCAGCCAUCUUGCUCUACCAGUCCCUGGACUGGCCUCUCUCUCUCUCUCCUCUCUCUCUCUCUCUGUUACACACACACACACACACACACACACACACACACACCCCAUCUGCCCUGGGCUGGCUCUGCUUUACAUCUCCUGCCCAAACAAGUGUGGGGGCAGCUGUCUCCCUGGCCACUCUUCCGAGUUCUUGUCUGCAGCCCUGGAAGGGCUUGAAAAUCGGAGGCCCAGAUCCCUCCAUAGAUUAGCCAGGGAGGUGACCAUACUCCACUGGCCACAGAGGCAAUGGUAAGCCUUCUGUCCUUCCAGGAGGGGUCCAGCUUGUCACCAGAGUCUCGAGCACCAGGUUUCAUUGGCCCGACCCCUCUCCCUAAGAUGGCCAGGUCUUGCUUCCUCUCCUCCUGAUCCCUGCUCUGCUGGGGGUGUGAACAGCCACACCCAGCUGGAAGGGCUGCUUCUGAAGUCGGCUGAUUUUCAAUUAAAGAAAAAACUGUGCAAUCUG